AUGGAUGCGUCGGGUCUGUUCGCCCCACCGCCGCAGUACCUCGACAACGAUGACUACACAUUCACGCAUGGACUUGCACCGCAGUCGUAUACAACACUACUGGCGACUCCAUUGGACCCCAGGGCCGUGAGCCAUAAAGCAAAUGUCGACCAGCGCCGGCGCCAUGUGCGGCGCUUGUAUGAUCUUUUGCAGCUCACGAUUUUGCGCAACGACAAGCAGCGUGCGGCGCGGUGUCUAUAUCUGUUGCUGCGUAUGCGCGAAUGGCGCCCUGUGGAGCUCUGGAAGUUCGGGCUCAAGGUCGCGGCGAUGCCUGACGCACUCGAAAGUCACAGGCCGCUCGCCUACUUGCAGCAGAUUUCGCGUACACGCACAGAAUUGCGCCCGUAUGUAUUGCCAUUCCUUGUGCGGGAGCUUGUGUUUGUGCAGCGGUACGAGGACGCGUUGGAAGAGAUCACGAGUGUCAUUUCCGUAUACCCUUAUCGCCAUAUACCACAGCUGCACACCUACCUAGGCUUGCUCACCCUCUAUAUCGGGGCGAGUCGACACCCAGCAGAUGCGCAAUUGACCGCGUCCCCGUCCCUGCUGGUCCCAAGCUUGCUUUCGCUGCACGUAGCACCGCAGGUGCGACGAAUGGCGCUGCACCACUUUGAGAAUGCAAUCAAAGUCGCGCCCCGUUAUACGGCACUCCAGACUCACGUCUUCUCGCAGCGUGUCCGAUCCAAUGCACGGCGCACAGCGCGUCUCGAAAAACUGGCAAAGGACUAUCGCGCACGGUGCUGGGCAAGUUUGCGCGAUAGCGGCUGGGUAUUUCGCGAUGGAGAUACUACAGCGUCGGCGACAGAGACUAUGCAGCAGCACAGUCCCGAGCCCAGUGCAUCAUACACAGACGAUAUGGUGCGCCAGCUUCCCGACGCGAGCUACUUUUCUAUGGACUCUGACAUAGAGGGCGAUUUUGAGCCAGAGACCGGGCCUAAUUACCCUGACGCUAUCGUCUUGGGCGCCGAGCUUCCGCCUGACUUGAAUCGACCACACACGCCUACGUCCGACGCGGAAGACGAGCCACUGAGCCCCGAGCUUCUGCCCGCCAUGACAGACACAGCGCCGCGUCUGCUGCUGCCUGCUUGCACAUGGGCAGUGCACGUGGCCACUAUGUAUCUACGCAUGAUCCAGGGUCGGCCGUCGCCAGCGUCUAUUGCGGGUGGUGUUUCCAAAUUCGCGGGCGACGAACUGACGUUGACGGCCACUGUUGGCGUCGCCGAGGAUCGAAACUCGCGGUGGCGACGGUCUAUGGAAGACGCACAUGCGUUUGACUUGGAAUUUAACGGCGUGCAAGGCCAGAACUUUUUUGCUAUUUUUGACGGGCACGCUGGCAAAUUUGCAGCCGAAUGGAGCAGCAAACAUUUGGCGCAAAUUCUCGCCGGGGAGCUCGACACGCAUCCGUCGAUGGAUGUGCGCGAGGUGCUGAAAAACACGUUUGAGAAGGCGGACGCAAAGCUGGAAACAGCCUCAGAGGUGGCCGGGAUGCACAGUGGAUGCACCGCAGUUGCAUCUUUGCUACGUUACGAGGAAUGCGGUGAGGCGGGAUCUAGCCGCCGCCGUGUGUUGUACUCUGCCAAUGUUGGCGAUGCACGCACUGUACUGUGCCGUGCUGGCAAAGCAGUCCGCCUCACUUAUGACCAUAAAGGAUCCGAUGCGCAAGAGGUGAAGCGCAUUACGGACAAAGGCGGGUUCCUCCUGAAUAACCGUGUCAACGGUACGAUCUUACGUCUACUCAUAUCAGGUGUGCUUGCCGUCACCCGCUCGCUUGGCGAUUUCUCUAUGAAAGAAUUCGUCGUAGGCGCGCCAUUCACCACUAGCAUUGAGCUUAACGAGGACGACGCGUUUGUCAUUAUGGCUUGUGAUGGCGUAUGUACAGUCGGAAAUUGCUCACCGCAGCUUUGGGAUGUGGUCGAUGACCAGACUGCCGUUGACCUAAUUGCCGAUACUCACGACCCCCAAGCGGCUGCAGAACAGCUGCUUAAUCAUGCAUUGGACAAUUUUAGCACGGACAACACUACCGUGAUGGUCAUACGGAUCCGUCCGCAAACUGUGUAA